ACAGUUGCAACUCAUUCUGCGUUCGUCUGUUGUUGUUUCUAUCUCUUUUGUGUGUUUAUUUGAGCUUCUGUUUUUUUUUUGUUUCGUUCACUGUAUUUGUUUUUUUUUUCUAUUGACUGAACUCCGAACCAAAGCAUCACACGAUUUGGUAACGUUUUAAGGCGGAUCACUUUUGCGUGAUAAAAUUUUUGAUUUUUUGUGUGAGAAAAAUAUAAUUUGUGUGAUGGCAUUUACAAACUAUCAAAUAUUCUUAGCAUUGUUGCAAAUAACAACAGGCAGUAUUAAUACACUCAGCACAAAAUGGGCUGAUACAUUGGAAUCAGAAGAUUCAAGUGGUGUAAAAAAAGAAUUUAAACAUCCGUUUGUUCAAGCAUGUGCCAUGUUCUUAGGUGAAUUUCUCUGUUUGCUCACAUUCAAAGCGGUCUACUAUAGUUUGCGUCGCAAUCGUAAUGGUUCAGAAGAUCAGAAUACAUUGACCAAAGGAGCAAGAGAAUUCAGUGCUUUUACCCUUUACGUUCCAGCUAUUUGUGAUAUGGUUGGUACGUCACUCAUGUAUAUUGGUUUGAAUUUAACAUUUGCGUCGAGUUUUCAAAUGUUCCGUGGUGCUGUUAUCAUUUUUGUCGCAUUGUUGAGUGUGGCAUUCUUGCAGCGUCGCCUUAUUGCACGUGAAUGGACCGGUAUCUUUAUCAUUGUCGUUGGUUUGGCAAUGGUUGGCAUGGCCGAUAUGUUGGAAUCUGGUGAUUCUGGUAAAUCACGAAAUGACAUUAUCACCGGUGAUUUGUUAAUUUUGGCUGCGCAAGUUAUAACUGCUGUUCAAAUGGUUUAUGAGGAGAAAUACGUUGCUGGUAUGGAUAUCCCGGCUUUGCAAGCUGUUGGAUACGAAGGUUUGUUUGGUUUUGCAACACUUGGCGCACUAUUGGUACCUUUCUACUAUAUCAAAGUCGGCCCACCGUUCACUAACAAUACAACCGGUUCAUUGGAAAAUGUUUUUGACGCCCUCAUUCAAAUCAGAAAUAGUUGGCAAAUUUUGGUAUCGAUUUUGGGUACAGUAGUAUCAAUUGCAUUCUUCAAUUAUGCUGGCAUCAGUGUGACAAAAGAGAUUUCGGCCACAACCCGUAUGGUUUUGGAUUCCGUUCGUACAAUGGUGAUUUGGGUAGUGUCGAUGGCCAUCGGUUGGCAGCAGUUCCAAUUUUUACAAUUGAGCGGCUUUACUUUCCUUUUGUUCGGCAUGUGUCUGUACAAUAAUGUGCUUGUGAUUCAAACAUAUCGUAAAAUUUGUGAUAUGUUCACACGUCGUGACUACGGUAACAUCGUCAAUGAAACGAAUGUAAUUGUCAACCGACCCGCCGAUGAUACUUCCGCUUAAGCUUAAGACAUGUUUUUUAUUAGAUGAAAUAUCUCGAUUUAAUUAAAAAAAAAAACAAAGUCUGAACUAUUCUGAAAAAAAAAAAACAAAGUCUUCUCAUAUUUUUGUACUUGAUUUUCAAUUGUGACAUGUCAAAUUUGUUGUUAUUUUAAACCAAUUGUGAUUUAUUUUGACAAUUUUCAAUAAAAAAAUUCAAUUCGCUUCUAAUAAA